AUACAUUCACAUUUACUUCACUUAUCGCCUCACGCAGACGCCCGUCAGGUGGGUUUAGUCGCCUUGAUUGGCGUUUAUCAUCAUGGCUCGUGAGCGGAAACACAAAAGGCGCGUGGAGUGAAUCGACUCAACUACAGUGUUGAGGCCCUGCUGAAGACGAAAUGAAGACAAGUGAUGACCUGCAGAUUAAAAACUAUGAUGAAUGGACACAUCAGGACACGCAACCACCCGUAGGUGAUCUAUUAUGAGGGAAUAAUUUCUACAUGCCUACUUCGUGUCUAUGCCAGCAUGCCUCUAUCAGACUGCAAAUAUGGGAGCAACCUCCAAACGGAGCACACCUUCAGCCUCCACAGUAUGCCCAUGGCUGAGAACCAUGGGAAAAGAACUGUGAGGACUUUGUUCGAUUUCAGCCACGCGAAUGUGACUGAAAAUCCGGACGUCAAGUGGAUUCCUCAGUUGUCACUGACCAACCUGCGGAGCAUCUCAAAAGUCAAAGUGGUCAGCUUCCUCAUGGGGUUGACUCUGACGUUUAUCGUCAUGGCCUCCUACAUCCUGACGUGGGACAGGAAAGGACUCUUGCUCACCCCCUCGCCCUAUCAGCUCAGGCCUGUGGUCGUCCCGACCAGCACGGCAGCAGCAGCUGUAACCAGCACGGCAGCAGCAGCUGUAGUUUCCUCUGAAAAUAAUUUAACAGACAUGAAACUUCUGGUGAAGAUCAUCAGCUCCAAACUGGAAUACACACCCAGGAAAGUGCCUGAUGAAAAAGAUAUCGUUGGAACGGACGCUCAUCUGUUCUCUGUAAUUCCCCGCCAUUUCCUGUCUGGCAUUAAGAGCCCUUGCUGGUAUGAGGAGUUCUCCGGUGAACUUGGCACUGAUCCCUACAAGAGGAACCUUUUCACUCUGCGCUCAAAGAGCUUCAAGACUAUGUGCGACAAACUGAGGACAAACUUUUACGAGCACCUGUACCACAGAGGCGGCAAACUGUUUCGUCUACGCUGCUUGCCGUUCUUCUACAUCAUCGGCCAGCCGAAGUGCGGCACGACUGACCUAUUCCACAGGCUGCUGCUGCACCCGGAGGUCAAGUUCAACACGAUGAAGGAGCCACACUGGUGGACCAGGAAACGCUUUGGUUAUAUCCGUUUCAAAGAUGGCUUCCACGAAAGUUUUCCUGUGGAAGAUUACUUGGAUCUGUUUGACUUGGCAGCUCACAACAUCCAAGAAGGAUUCAGUGGAAAUUCAUCUGGAGACCACCGCGCACUCAUAACAGGUGAAGCCAGUGCAUCCACUAUGUGGGACAACCAAGCCUGGAGCUAUCUUCACGGAUACAGGGAGGAGACAGAGCCUCCGUUCCUGGCUCAGGACUUCAUCCACACAGUCCAGCCCGGUGCCAAAAUCAUCAUCAUGCUCAGAGAUCCAGUGGAGAGACUUUAUUCUGACUACCUGUACUUCAAGAUGGCCAAUAAGUCAGCUGAGGACUUCCAUCAGAAGGUCAUAGACUCCGUGCAGCUGUUUCAGUCCUGCCUGUCUGAGAGGUCACUUCGCUCCUGCGCCUACGACACCGGCCUCUCCAACGCCAUGCCGGUGAGGCUAAAUUUGGGGAUGUACAUCGUCUUCCUGCUGGACUGGCUGACAGUUUUCCACAGGGAGCAGAUUCUCGUUCUCCGACUGGAGGACUACGCAGCCAACCUUGAAGUGACCAUCAAGAAAGUAUUUGAUUUCCUGAGUGUAGGUCCUCUGUCGGAGCAGGUGGAGGCAGCACUGACCAAACGGCCCAUGUCUAACACCCGGCGGACAGCAGACAGAAACCUGGGUCCUAUGCUUCAAGCCACCAGAGAUCUCCUCAGGGAAUUUCACCAGCCCUUCAAUCAUAAACUGGCCAGUGUGCUGGACUACAAGGCGUUCCUGUGGAGUAACACCUGAAGGGACACGAGCAUGUGGACAGAUGUGAAUAAACAACCAGAGCAAGAAGCUAAAGCAGGGAUCAUGCCUGUUGACAGAAACUAAUGUACAAUGUGGGUGUUGUUUGUGAUAUUUAUUUGCUCUUGAAACAAUGUGAGGGACUCAUUGAGUCCAGAUGAUAAUAAAAUGAGCUGAAUUUGUGUUUUAA